AUGUCAACGAUUGGGAGCUUUGAAGGAUUCCAGCCAGUGUCCCUGAAGCAAGAGGGAGAUCACCAACCUUCCGAGACUGACCACUUGGCCAUGGACGAGGGAGACUCGGGCAAGAAACCAGGACAAAGGCGGAUCUCAAGACAGCCGAGCGUGACUAAAUCGACUCUUUACCCCAAUCCGUAUCACCAGCCCUAUGCUUCACGAAAGUACUUUGCUACCCGGCCAGGGGCUAUUGAGACUGCGGUGGAAGACCUGAGGAAACACAUUACACAAACUUCUGGAGAGACAGUUCAAGGCUUCUGGCUCCUGACAGAGAUUGAUCAUUGGAAUAACGAGAAGGAGAAGAUCCUGAUGCUCACAGACAAGACCCUCCUGAUCUGCAAAUAUGACUUCAUCAUGCUUAGCUGUGUGCAGACACAGCAGAUUCCUCUGAGUGCCAUCUGUCGUGUCUACCUGGGCAAGUUCGUCUUCCCAGGGAUGUCUUUGGACAAGAGACCAGGAGAAGGCCUUCGGAUUUGCUGGGGGAGCACCGAGGGACAGUCUCUAUUGUCACGCUGGAAUCCGUGGUCCACUGAGGUUCCUUAUGCUACCUUCACUGAGCAUCCUAUGAAAUACACUAAUGAGAAGUUCCUUGAGAUUUGCAAGUUGUCUGGAUUCACAUCCAAGCUCAUCCCAGCUAUCGAGAAGGCUCACAAGAAUUCUGCUGGAUCUGGAAGAGAAGAGGAACUGAUGGUGUUAACCCAACCCAUUCUUAUUGAGACCUAUGCAGGGCUCAUGUCAUUUAUUGGGAACCGAAACAAACUUGGCUAUUCCCUUGCUCGGGGGAGUAUCGGCUUUUGA